CCAAUCAGGGUUCUAAUUGGACUUUUGUUGGGAUUUCCUCGAAGGCUUCUCAUCGAUUUGUUUUCAUAUUGAAUCCUUCGCUUUGGAAUCUCCGAAAUGAUUUUCCCAGGACAACAGCAGUGACUCCUCUUGGCACAUUGCUCAUCCGGAGCAUUUGAGACAACCAGGAGCGGAGAGCACCAGUGUCGGUCUAGAAAUGGGCGCGGAGCAUUCGCAGCAGCGGGCGGAGGCCGAUGGUCACGAGAUCUUCGAUGGACGCCAGCCGCCAGGCAUCGGCUCUGGAGCUGGAGUCCUGGCAGAUGGCAGCUCCAUGAUGCUGGCAGCCACAGCGGCGGCAAAUAAACGACGUGGUGCUGCACAUCGCCAGCCAUCGGGAAUUGGAAUGGGAACAGGUGUCGCCGGUGGUGUAGCAGGCAUUCCAGGAGCUGCCGGCGGAGUCGGUGCAGGACCCGCCAGCAUUGUGAUAGCUAGCAAGCAGAUAAUCGCCGAGGCAGCUUCCCCCGGAGGCUCCGAGCUGAGUAGACCGCCUUCUCCGCCGCUCAGCGUUUGUUCCGAUCUCCCGUACGUUUCCUACACCGACAGACCCAUCGGGGAUUCGCCCAAGAUACGCAGCAAGCCGGCGCACAUGCUGCAGCAGAGCAGCGCCAGUCGAGCGGCGGCCAGGAAGUCGCAUCCCGGUGGAAUCACCAGUGCGGUGAAGCCAAAGCGACCGCAAUCCACCGCCUCUAGUCACAAUAUCGUCAUUGUUCGCCCGGGUGCCACUGACGCUGGCGAGGAUGUGGACCUGGACUUGGCCAGACUCAGGAAUAUACCACAAUUCCUGCCCGUGUUAAGGGAGUCCAUCACAUCGGCCACUUACACAAGGGAUGCGGAGAUCCUCGAGCGUUUGAAUUCGCAGCACUUGGUGAACAUUUGUGCCCGCAUGCAAACGCAUCUGAAUCUGUGCGCCAGCUACGUGGCCAGCGAGCAGAAUCACCUGGUGGAGCGCACCAAGGUGGUGAGCAACUCGAUAACCACACUCUUCGCCGGAUUCGUGGACAUGCAGAAGACGUACGCCUCGUAUGCGGAGCAGUUCGCCAAGAUCCGGAGCAUCUCGCACCAGUUGAGCAGGUGCAACUCGCUGCUGCACGAGAACAUCGCCAGUCUGGAGGCGAUCAACAACUUCCUCGACGAUGAGGAUCGUUUGGAGCCCUUCGUCUGGCGAACCGACGACAACAAGCUGCGCGGGGAAGCGGAAGGAGCGACUGGUGGCAAUAGCAGUCGCCUCUGGAGGCUCUAGUUGCCUCCCACACUUUUACUGCUCUCCAAAGAUUUUCUUAGCUCGUAAUCUUCGUGUAUUUACUGUGUAUAUUAAUCGUUAACGAUGCCGCUUAGUCGAACGGCUUGGAAUUUAUGUGUAACUAAAAUUUAAACAACUAUGGAUAUGCGGAAGUGAAGGGAAGGGUGGUAAUAAACAUUAAUUAUAUUUAUCAUUUAAAAAUAAAUGUUUCUUAAAAAUCUAAA